UAGAUAUUAAAAAAAAAAAAACUUAUAUUUUCUUACGUGUGAAUUGGAAACAUUUUAUCGCGAUAAUAAUAUUUGAGCAAAAGUAAUGCAGAACUUACACAAAAUAUAUAAUUAGUUUUGCAUAUAUCUCGUUCGUAAUGUGUCUUCGUUUUUCUUAUUUCGCGCAAAAUCUAGAAGAACUUUUCCAACAACACAAGGAGUAUUCGAGGCAAACAUAAAAAUUUAUUUAACACUCAUAUAGAGCAAAGCCGUAUAUAACGUUAUCGCAAUAUAUUCAGGAAAUUAUGAGAGCUCGCUUCAAGUCUUUGAUUGUGCUGUUUUUACUGCCACUUCUUAUACUCAGUUUAGUAACAGCUGAGCUGCAGGGCCCGCUUUCCACACAGAAUGCAAAUUUGCAGGAAUCAGCACCACAAGAAACAACAACAACAUCGUCACCAGAAAAGACAACUGGAAAAGUUGCAAAUACUGAAGAAACUACAGAUACUCACACCGUAAGCAAUGAACGCAAAUCGUCCAAAUAUGUAGCUGAAAAUGAAUCACCAACGGAUGCUCCAGUUGUUGCACAAGUUACACAAGGCAAUACCGUCGUAUCGUUAACAGUAGAUAAUGAUAUCGGGCCACGUUUCAAAAUAUGGCAACAAGCAUUAUUCGAACAGCAGCUGAACGAAAAGCUUGUACGCCAAAAAUUAGAAGAUCAAAUAGCCACAAUUGAAAAUACGCGUAAGAAACCAGUUGCAGAGCCUACACCACGAGAGAUCGAAGCUCAAACAUUCUAUGAAAAAGCUAUGGAUUUGUUCGCAAAACCACCAAAACAUCAAGAUAAAUAUUUGGCAUACAAAUUUAUAGCGCGUGCUGCUGAAAUGAACCAUCUCAAAGCUCGAGCAGAGAUGGCUUGGGCGCAUUUACUAGGACGUUAUGCGCAACUUAAUUAUGAAUUGGCAGCAACGGAGUUUGACGAAUUGGCGAAAGAGGGAGUGCCAGAAGCGCAUAUGGGUCUGGCAUUCCUGUACUCUAUUGGAGUGGGUGGCAAAAAUGUCAGUCAACCACUGACCUUGAUUCAUUUAACUUUAGCGGCGCUGGGCGAACAUACAUUUGCUCAAAUGGCGCUUGGAUAUCGGUAUUUAUACGGUAUAAAUGUGCCAACCAAUUGCGAGAAGGCGUUAAUGUAUUACAAAAAAGUGGCGAAAAAAGUUGCAUCCAAAAUUACGUUCUCGAAUGGGCCAAUUGUCCACCGUGUACGCUUACUAGAUGAGUCUGAAAAUCCUGGCAGCCAAGAAACUGAGAUCGUCGACUACUAUCAGUUAUUAGCUGACAAAGGUGAUGUGCAAUCACAAGUGGGCCUCGGCCAGCUCUACUACCAAGGUGGAAAAGCCAUACAGCAAGAUCAUCAAAAAGCUUUGGAAUAUUUCACUAAAGCCGCAAACACUGGCAAUGCAAUAGGAUUUGCCUUCUUGGGCAAGCUUUAUUUAGAGGGUAGUGAAUUCAUCAAGGCUGAUAACGAAACCGCUUUCAAGUAUUUCAAGAAAGCAGCCGAAUUGGGUGAUCCCGUCGGACAAAGUGGUUUGGGCCUCAUGUAUCUAAAAGGUCUUGGUGUACCUAAAGAUCCGCUCAAGGCGCUUAACUACUUUACACAAGCCGCGGAUCAGGGCUGGGUUGAUGGCCAACUGCAGUUGGGCAACAUGUAUUUCACGGGGAAUGGCGUAAAAACCGACUACAAAUUGGCGCUGAAAUAUUUCAACUUGGCCUCACAAUCGGGUCAUGUGCUGGCUUACUACAAUUUGGGCAUAAUGCAUACGUACGGCAUUGGCAUGUUGAGAUCUUGUCCAGCGGCUGUGGAGUUCUUUAAAAAUGUUGCCGAACGUGGAAGAUGGAGUACGAAGAUGAUGGAAGCUUAUAGCGAUUACAAAGAUUCUUUAUUUAAUGAUGCGUACAUGCAAUAUGCAUUAUUAGCUGAGUUGGGCUAUGAAGUGGCGCAGAGCAAUGCUGCUUUCCUUUUGGAUCGCGGCGAUGGCACCAUUUUCCAUGAUCGGCAUGAGGAGCUUAUACGCGCGUUUUACUAUUGGAAAAGAGCGGCAGGACAGGGUUACUCAGCAGCACAAGUGAAACUCGGUGACUACUACUACUAUGGCUGGGGCACGAAUGUCGAUUUUGAAACGGCUGCUUCACUUUACAGAAAAGCAUCCGAUCAGCAGUACAAUGCGCAGGCCAUGUUCAAUCUUGGCUAUAUGCACGAACAAGGGCUGGGCAUGAAAAAGGAUUGGCAUUUGGCGAAGCGUCUGUACGACCUUGCGGCAGAAACGAAUGCAGAUGCAAAAGUACCGGUAGCCAUAGCACUGCUUAAGCUGCAAAUGCUUGCGAAAGUUGAAGCCAUUAAACAGUCGCCUUACAAAUUCAUUUUCUACAUGGAUGAAAAUAUUGCUGCCAAUUGGGACUUGUAUAUGAUUACCAUAUUGACACUGCUGCUGGGUUUUAUUAUGUAUACUAGACGUCCAUAUCAAGAUCAACAACCAGCUGAUCAGCAGCAGCAACUGCAGCCGGAACAAGCAAAUCCUGAAGAGGAGCAGCAACAACAGCCGCAGCAACCGGAGUGAAUUUAAAUUAAAAAAAAACAUACUUUUAGGUGUAAUUAGUUGAUAUGUGUAUAUAACAGUCAAUAAUUUAAUGUUAUUUGUUGCAUUACCAUUAACACCGUCAUUACGUAGACCACCAAGGCGGCAUGAAGCUUGUGUGUUAACAAACAAGUAGAUUUUAUUUUUUAAAGUAGCGCAUAAAUAUUAAAUUUUUUCGAAAAACCAAA